CUGAGACCUCGACCUCCAUUACCAUGGAUAAACCAUAUCGUUGAUUUAAGUAAUGCCAAUGAUGAUAAGUUGAUGGAUUUGUUCUGAAAUGUGGAUGUGUUUUGUCUUCACUUAAAGUGCGUGAGUUAGCUGAAAAGGAGCCUGUAAAUGCUGCUGCAGUGAUUUUACCAGAUUCUUGACUAUCAUACUCAUUGAAACAACCUAUUGCUUUAUUUUUCUUUACUAGUUGGAAUGUUGUUUUCAUCUUUGGGUAUAUCCCAAAGACUGGUGAAGACUAGAGGUAUGUCAGACAUCACUUCCCUUUGCACCAUAUUCUUAUCCCUUUUUUGUGUGGACAGAUAGUAGGCAGGGAACGCCAGAAAAGUGAGUGCAGUCCGGUUUGAAAGAGUUAAAUGAUAUGAAUAGGAGUUUCAGAGGCACGCGAUGUAAGAAACAUGGUUCCCAAAUUCGUGAGAAAAUGGAGCAGUGAGGAAGAUCCUCUGAGGGGGUAACCAGCAUGCUCUGAUGAACAUUUAAUUCCUGAAAAUGAAAGUAUGAAAACAGAGUAAUGAUCAUUGCUCCUGUUUUGGAGUAAUGGUUUUAUGCUCUUUCUCACUGUUUAACAUAGUUAGCUUCUUUAGCAUCUCAUUCAAGAGUAUGAAAACAUUAAGUUAUGUAUUUUCACCGUUAUUGCGGUCAUAGUGGAUGUAGUAGUCUCACAAGAUGCAAUGAGUAAGCUAAAUAUAAGCUCCAUAGGUCUUUCCUCAUUCACCAUAUCACCUUCUUUCUUCACCUCAUCUAUCAUUAUAUAUCUCCAUGAAGUCUCCAUAUCUUUAAUUCAUUUGAUGAUGCUUCUUCUCUCCUCUCUUCAAACGUUUUAUUUUUUCAUCUUCAUCACAUUUCGGCGUGUGCCUUUUAGCUGGAAAAAAUGGAUGCCAAGUGCAAAUAACUAGACAAAUCCUAAUAUGGACCAAAGAUAUUACCAUAAGACCAAUGUAGAGAGCCUUCCAAAAACAAGGAUCAAAAGGAGACUUAACUAAAUAAAAAAAACUGAAAUCUCGGUUCAUUAUAUCCUUCCGAUGGUAUCUUUGACCUCAAAGACCCUUUGGGAGGAGCUAGUUAGAUUCUAGAUGCUCUCGUGUUGUUAGGUCGAUUUUGUGUAUGAAUCUUUCCUUUAAACACUCGGGACCGAGGAGCUGCAGAGCAAUCUGUCUCAUGUACCUGUGGAAGUCCGCCUGCUUGAAUAACAUGUUAUCCUUCCCAAAGAUUCUAACAAGAGCUUCUGGAUAACUCUUGAUGAAACACUCGUUGUCUUGAUUGAAAAUCUCAAAAUUCACUGUCAGGACUGUCGAAACAAUAGUCUUGGAGCCGAGGACGCUCGUCCGGAACAAUGAACCGUGUCUGAAGCACAAACCAGAGAGAAGAAAGAAGAGAUAUGAGGCGGAAUAUUGACACCUGUAAAAACCAACUUUGACAUUCUUUUCUUGGCAAAUGGAGGGGAUAUCUCGUCGAAACUUACAAGACAAACUAAUACAUACUAAUAAAAUAAAAUAAAAUACAUAACUUAAGAUACAAGUUUUGAUUCAUUUUCUGCUUUGUUUUUCUUAGUUGUGCAUAAAAUUUAAAGUUACAAAAAUUAGUAGACCAAAUAUAAGAUCUUGACAACUAGUAAAGCUAUAAAGCUAUAAAGUAAGAAAAAAAAGCUAUAAAGUAAAAUACACAA